GCGCCACCGAAUCCAGCAGCAAUGACCUCGGGAUCAAUGGCAGGGCCUGGCGGGGCAGCAGCUGGAGGCUCAGAUCCAAUGUCGAGGCUGUUGGAGGGCCUUGAGAAGGUUAUCAAGGGUGGGAAGCCGGAGGAGCUAAGCAAAACGGUGGACUCACCCAAGCUGCCUGAAAUUUCAGAAUCGUCGUCAGUGGACUUUGGUGAUUGGUUGUAUCUCAUAGAGCAUGUGAUGAGUGACCUUUCGACCUCCAGUGCAGAGUGGUGGGCGGCUGUGGUGCAAGAUGCUCAGGACUUCUAUGAGAGGUACCAGGCCGCAGAUCAGUUCUCGAGGUUGUCGAUGAAGCCAGCUGCAUCUCCCACCUUGAGCGAGGCGAGAUGGAGUCGCCUGGACCGGAGGGGUGCAACCAUUCUACUGGGGGCGGCCCCGGAGGACGUCAAGAAGGAGCUGGUGGCGACGAGGACCAGGACCACUCUGGAGGUUUUGGCAAGGCUUAUGGUCCUUUAUCGUCCGGGGAGUGCUUUGGAGAAGGGUCAGCUGCUUCGGAGGAUUGAAAGCCCGGAUGCAGCAACCACAGUGCAGGAGGCUAUUGAAGGGCUUAGGCAGUGGCUGAGGCAUUACCAAAGAGCCCGGGACUUGAAGCUGUCGGUUCCUGAUCCAUCAGUCACGCUUCGCGGCAUUGACCAGCUGGUGAAGAAGCCUGUUCAGGAUAACCCGGAGGUUGCGUUCCGUAUGAACUUGCUCCGCUACCACCUGAAGGUUGACUUCUCCCCAACAGAAGAGUCGAUCCUGGCAGUGCAUCGUGCUUUGCUGGCUGAGUUUGAGCAGAUGGGGUUCAAGAAAAAGACAAGACAAGUUCAAGAGGGCACGUCGACAGCAGGAGUGAGGGCUAUGGAUACACAGCAAGCUCAGGUCCCCGCGGACCCAGAUGGCCGCCAGAGAGCUCUUAGGUCCACGCACGAGCCUUGGGGACUACGUGAGGGGCUUAAUCCGGAUGAGAGCUCAAAGGUCCUUAAUGAGAAUGUCAUGCUUUGCAAAAUGGUGUGUGCGGAGGCUGCGCAUGGUGACUGGGAUGAAGGAGGCCAAUACUGCGUUGGUUUCUGUAUGGAGUACCCCGAGGACCCCUACAACUACAUGCCAGAGGGGGAACACCGCAGCUCAUGUGUCUCAGUGUGGAGAACCGAAUUCAUGAAGGAGUUCAUCAAAGAGACCAACCUCAUCAAGCACCAGUUUGAGCAGGGUGCUUUGGGACACAUGUUUCGAAGGCCUACCUGCUGUUUGAGCAAUUUGGGUCUGGGAAUACAGGGACUCAAAGACCAGAGAGCCUAUGUGGCGGCGGACAACAAAGACGCAGAUCAUUCAGUUUGGCCGCAUGGUUUUCGGAUCACUUUGGCGGACGCGAUCCAUGAGUGGAAGAAUGGUGAGAGCCCCAUAGUGGUCAAGAAGGCGAUGACGAAAAAGGAGCUGGAGGAGUGGAAAGCUCAUGUUGAACGUGGGCACUGGCCUUAUAGACGUGAUUGUUCAGUUUGCUUGACUGCUUCAGGGACAGGAAGGCCAGCGAGAAGGGUGGUCCAUAGAGAUGCCUACGUGAUGAGUUUGGAUAUAGCUGGCCCGUUUGCAGACAAGGGAAAGGACGAGGUCAGGGGAAAGAAAUAUCGCUUUGUGCUUGCGGCGACCUACCUUUACCCAAAGAUGCGGGAUGUACCUGAGGACGCUCCGAUCCCGAAUGAGGAGGAGGCGGAGGAGUUCUUGAGGGAGGAGGAAGAAGAGCCAGAAGCACACGAACUUCCUGAAGAUCCUGAGUGUGAAGCACAGGAGGAGGAAUGGAAGAAGAAAGUCGCGGACCUACGAAAGCCAAUCGAGUUGCAGAUGCUCAGGUUCCGCAUUCCGUUGGAAAGGCACACUGGCAAAGAGAUCCUCGAGUGCAUCCAGGUCCUGUAUGUUCAGUUGAGGGCUAUGGGGUUGCCAUUGACGAGGCUCCACAGCGAUAGAGCUCGAGAGUUUCGGGUCAAGCCGGUGCGAAAAUGGUGUCGAGAACGGGACAUUUACCAGACGUUCACGGAGGGCUUGGCGCCUACACAAAAUGCGGUGGCGGAGAGUCAUGUGAAGUGGCUCAAAGGCAGGGCGCGAGUACGCCUGAACGAGAUGGAGUUGGACAAGGAGUUUUGGCCUUGUGCUAUGAAGCAUGCUUGCUCGCAGCAUAAUGCGAGACAGAUGGGCACGAAGACUGCGGGCAUCAAGUUUGGUUCCGUUGUUUGGGUGAAGUCCAAGAAGGACCGAGGGCCGUUUGACCCAAGGUGGAAACGAGGCAGGUAUAUGGGACCAGCCGACGAUGUUCGUGAAGGACAUGUGGUUCGCUUGGAUGAUGGUCUAUGGCUUCGCACCUUGCAUAUGAGGACGGUGAGGGACGACGAGAUGGAAAUGGAGGAGGAAGAACACAUCGUGGACCUCAUCGAGCCUACGAGGCGUAUGCGAGGAAAAACCAAGUUGAGUGAUCCUGAGUUGCGGGCCAUUCGCAAGCAAGAAAGGGCUGUCCUGGUGAAAGAGCUGCUGGAGUCCAAAAUUUGGGAUUCACCUCAGGCCAAAGUGGAGCGACCCCAGAUGAAGGAAGGUGAGGAGCUAAAGCAGGGUGAUGAGUUCAAGGGAAACUACUGCUCGAUGUGGGUGAACGAGAGGGAGGUGCCAGGCCAGAAGAUGAGCGUGGAGUCUCCAGCUAAGGUCCGUCCCGAUCGCCUACACGCACCACUUCGAGGAGAUGAUGGAGAUCGAAUUGUGGUGAUAGGCUACACAGUGAGCAAGUGGGAGAAAUUACAUCAGUUUCAGUGUGACGAUUUAGAGGAGCUGGGUUUUGUCCUACCGGAACGUGAACCAGUGGUGAAGAUGAUGAAUGCCGAUGGGAGGAGGAGGCCGCCUACGCCACCAAUUCCGGAGGAGAACUCAGGAGCCGUCGGUCCACCAAAUGGGACCACAGCAGCUCCGCCGACCGGAGCUACGAACACAGUGAUGACCUCAGGGGCGAGUUUCUUGGGGCCAGGAUCGUCAAGCGAGUCGACAUUGCCAAGGCCGGUGUCAGAGGAUCACAUGGACGUGAGCUCAGGCACUCCAGCACCUCAUACACUACAAUCUUCUUCGUCGGGGUCAAGGUCGGGGCAAAGGGAGCAUCUUCCUGAAAUGGGCGGUGAGCGCUUGGACAGCAUGGUGGUUCCAGGAGGUUGUGUGGAGCUUCGGCUGAAAUGGGCCAUCAAGUAUAUUCCGGACCUCUCCAGUCAAGGCGAGGAGGUUGUGAUGACAUCGGCUCCUUUGUUGCCGUUGGCGCACGAUGAGGAGGAGCGGAUGAGGAGUAGAGUGACAUGGCUCUCAGAGUUUGUAGAGGAAGAGCGCAAGAUCAAGGCGAGGCAGGCUGAGCGAGGGGAGUAUGCCACGCAACGUGAGCGACAGCUAUUCUACAAGCUGGAUGAUGCCAUCGACUACAUGAACGAGAUCUUUUGCCUGAGCCACCAAGCGAGGGAGCAGGCAACUAUGAACAUGAUGAAGUUGAUGCAGGAGGCGGAGACGACUCCCGAGGUGGAGGAAAUGCUCAAGGCCCUAACCGAGCCGAUCGACACCGUGCAUGGGGUGGAGCUUCAAGAGGUCAAGCGUCACCUGAUGGAGUGGCAAGAGAGCAUUCAGAAGGAGAUCGAAGUGCUGGAAACGUCUGGCACGCUUCGUCGAGUACCACUUCAGGAAGCCAAACGACUCGCGGAGGCUGGUGAGAUUGUCCUCGUUGAAGUCUACACCGCCGCGGCCAACGCGGAAUCAGUGCGAGUGGCAUUGUCUGGAGCGGUUACAGACGUGAAUUCCGCCUUUACGCUGGCGCCUAUGGAUGAAGCGGAGAUCAAGUACGGAAUCACCGUACCGAAAGUUGUGGUGGAGGCUGGAGUGGUCCCGCCAAACACGGCGUACUUGGUCGACAGGGUGUUCUAUGGGCUACGGGAAGCGCCAAGGCUGUGGGGGAGCUUCAGAGACAAGAGGGUGCACAGGGCCCGACUGAUGGUGGAGGGUCAAGAAUGCAUGUUCUUACAGAUGGAGACGGAUCCUGCAGUAUGGAGGCUUGUGCCGUGCAACAACCACAAUGACACUUUGGCGUUGAUGGUGAUUUACGUGGACGAUGUGAUGAUGCUGGCGCCGGAGAAUGUCAUUAAGGCCAUAUACCAGUGGCUCACUAUGGGUGUUGAGGGUGAUCAGGGAUGGAAAUGUUCACCAAUGGAUUGGAUUGGAAAGGCUCCAGUUCGCUACUUGGGCAUGGAUAUCCGUCGAAAGAACACUACCCUUACCAGUUUUCAUGUGUCGCAAGGCAGCUAUGUUGGUGAGCUGUUGAAGAGUUAUCCAAUGGAAGCUGGCCGUAUCUGGCCGCGACGCCUACGUGGGGAUUGA